AUGAGCCCCUGGUUGUCGUCGUUUCGGCGCAAGUCGAGCCCCGAGCCGGCCGCAGUUGAGCUGGGCGGGGAGUACCAAUACGACUCGGACCCUCAACCGGAUAUCGUCCACGAUGGCAGUCUUGCCUUCACCAGAGUCAAGGGCGGCAAUGGAUCUGGAGCGACUUACCAGGAGGCGGUCGGCGCUCCGGUUGAGUCCACGUCCCCUCUGGGCUACCACGUCGGAUCCCUUACCAUCAUCUUUCUCAACGUGAAUCAGAUGAUUGGUACAGGAAUCUUUUCGGUACCCGGCAGCAUCCUCAAGGCAACGGGAUCGGUCGGUCUGUCGCUGAUCUACUGGUCCAUCGGUGCGGUCAUGGCCUUUGCUGGGUUCGGCGUCUACCUCGAGUAUGCCAGCUACUUUCCCAACCGAAGCGGUUCUGAGGUCGUGUACCUUGAGCAAGCAUACCCACGGCCACGAUUCUUUCUACCAAUCGCUUUCGCUGUCCAGUCCGUCGUUCUGUCGUUCAGUAGUAGCAACGCCGUCGUGCUCUCGAGAUAUUUGUGGCGCAUUGCUGGACAGACCCCGACGGAUUGGCAGAUGAAGGGUGUGGCUAUCGCUGCGUAUACUCUAGCGGUCAUCUGUGUCAUCGCCCACAACAAGUAUUCGCUUUGGGCUGUGAAUGUCCUCGGCGCCCUGAAGAUACUCACUCUCAUCUUCAUCAGCAUCACUGGAUUCGUCGUGCUGGGUGGCCAUGUCUCCCGAGUGUCACAUCCGGGGCACAACUUCCAGAACUCAUUCCAGGGCACGACUAACAGCGGCAACGACCUGGCCACAGCUCUAGUCAGCAUUGUCUUCUCCUACACCGGUUACUCGAACGCGUUCAACGUCGUCAACGAGAUUAAGAAUCCGAUUCCUACAAUCAAGAGGCACGGUCUGCUCUCCAUUCUGGUGGUUGCCGUUUUAUACGUGCUUUGCAACAUUGCAUACUUCGCCGCUGUUGACAAAGCCGAGUUCAGUGCUUCCAAGGAGAUCGCAGCGUCUAUCUUCUUCAGGACCGUUUUUGGCAAGGGAGGCGCUGAGACGGCUCUCAAUGUGCUGGUGUUGCUGAGCGCGUACGGCAACCUUCUCGCCGUGUUAGUGGGCCAAUCCCGCCUGAUUCGCGAGAUCGGCCGCCAAGGGGUCCUACCCUUUACGCCAUUUUGGGUCUCAACAAAGCCAUUUGGAACUCCACUGGGGCCGUACGUCCUCAAAUGGGCCAUGACCUUUGUCAUGAUUGCUGCUCCGCCAGCCGGGGACGCGUUCACUUUCGUCGUCAGCCUCAAAACUUACCCCGAGGCCAUGUUCCACUUCGCUUUGGCCAUCGGCCUGUGGCUGGUGCGUCGACGUCGCAGCCGCAACAAGUUCCCGCCGUCUCAAUUCCGCGUGUGGGAUGGGUUCUUGAUAUUUUUCAACCUGAUCCAAGUUUACAUCUUGGUCAUGCCGUGGUGGCCACCAAAGGGCGGGAUCUACGCUGGGGAUGUCUCUUUCUUUUACGCCACUUACUGCAUCACGGGAAUUGGAGUGAUGAUACUUUGCGGUAUCUACUACGUCUUAUGGAUGUAUCUCAUCCCGAGAUGGCGGAAGUAUAAGAUCCGAACGGAAAUCUUGGAGAUCGACCAUGACGGUGCCAACACGCAUCGUCUUGUCAAAGUCCCGCUCAACGAGCUUGACCAGUGGGAUGCGGAACACGAUGAAUCGGGGUUGCCGCGUCAGGCACGAUACUAA